AUGCCUUUCGAUUUAUCCAAGUGUGCGCGCAAAAAUAUCUUGAAGCUAAAGCCCUACCGCUGUGCAAGAGAUGACUACAAAGAUGAUGGGACAAACGUUCUGCUCGACGCCAACGAGAAUGCCUACGGUCCUGGUCUCGCCCUGAAUGCGGAGGGUGCACUGCAGCAGUCGACUGUCAAUGGGGAUGCGACUGGGUCAUCAAAGCCUGACAUUGACUUCCUGGGGUUAAACCGAUACCCGGACCCGCACCAGGUCGAACUGAAACAACUUUUCUGUAACGUCCGCAACACCCACGUCCACACCCAGAAGAACAUCACUCCCGAUAAUCUCUUCGUCGGAGUCGGCUCGGACGAAGCCAUUGACGCCCUGCUGCGAUGUUUCUGCGUUCCCGGGAAAGACAAGAUCCUUACCUGCCCUCCCACAUACGGUAUGUAUGCUGUUAGUGCCGAUGUAAACGACGUUGCCAUCGUCAAGGUCCCUCUCGACGCGGCCAAUGGGUUUCAGUUGCAGCCGGAGAAGAUCAACGAGACACUAGCGGCGGAUGAGUCGAUUAAGAUGGUGUACAUUUGCUCGCCUGGAAACCCUACCGCGAACUUGAUACGCAAGGAGGACGUUCAGAAGGUGCUGGAGCACCCCACGUGGAAUGGUAUUGUCGUGGUGGACGAGGCAUACAUUGAUUUCGCCCCCGAGGGCUCAAGUCUGGCUGAAUGGGUGGCCGAGUGGCCGAACCUGGUCGUCAUGCAGACACUGAGCAAGGCCUUUGGUCUGGCCGGUAUCCGUCUCGGUGUUGCAUUCACCAGCCCACCAAUUGCUCGCCUGCUCAACAGCCUCAAAGCUCCCUACAACAUCUCCAGUCCCACCAGUGCAAUCGCCCAGGCAGCCCUCUCCCCGAACAACAUGUCUGUCAUGCGCAACUACCGCGAACAGAUCGUCAUGCAGCGCGAUCGCCUGCUCGCAGAACUCCCCAAGAUCCCCGGUGUUGGCCGCUUCCUCGGUGGUUAUGACGCAAACUUCCUGCUCAUCGAGCUGUUGGACAAGCCGGACGGACAGGCUAGUAACAAGAUUGCGCUGGCUGCGUAUGAGGCUAUGGCGGAGAAGAGAGGUGUCGUGGUGCGGUUCCGGGGUAAGGAGUUGGGUUGUGAGGGAGCUGUGCGGGUUACUGUUGGUACUGAGAAGGAAGUUACCAAGUUCUUGUAUGAAAUCCGGGUGGUUUUGGAUGGGUUGUACAAGGGGACUGAUAUUGCGUCGUUACGGGAGGAGGUAAACAAGACGGAGGCUAACUAA